UGUAACUUGUAAAACCCCUCCAUAAACCCUAGAGACCAAAAUUGGAUCGUUGCCUUUGCGUCUGCUCUAAUGGAGAUUGCAGGUUUGGUCCCUCUUGUGGGUGAAAACUAUGCCCUCAAGCUGAAACAGUCAAUGCAAAACCUUUUGGCUGAGAUUCCCAAAGAAUCCUCGGAUUUUUCUCUUUUCGUCGAUGCAUUUCAUGAAUUGAUGGAAGCUAAGGUUGAUCCACCCUUUGAGGUGAUAUGGGUCUAUGCUGCAAUCAACUUUCGCAGCCGUAAUUUGGAAAAAGGUGAUGCCUUGGAUCGAAUACUGGCCGCAAAAGACUUGUUUCAGAUGCUAUCUGCAUGUUCAGCCUCGAUUGGUGCUUCAAAGAGCAUUGCUUUACUGGCUCCUGUUGUUUUUGUCGUGCAUAGAGUGCUUCUGGAACUGUUUGGAAGUGAAUUGGGAUUGAAGAGGGAGAAGAAAGCAAUGAGGGAGGUGAAGUCUUUGGUAGAUACAGUUCUUGGGUAUAUAAGCGUUUGCUGUAGUAAGAUUUCUGAGGAGGAAACUGAUUCCGUUAGUUUGAAUUUGAUUUUGCCUUUCCCUGAUUUGGCUCGUGUUUGGGUGGACACUGUUGAUGGGUUUGAAUCUUUGUUGCCUCUUGUGAGCCAUGAUGUUUGUGGCUGGCUUAGUACUAGAGAUUUUCAUGUUGGUUACUUGGCCGGUGCUGUCAUCAUGGAAGCUUUUUUAUUGAAACUGUGCAUGUCUUUACAUCUGGCAAAGCCAAGGGAUGAAUUGGAAAUGAAUAUGAAGAGUUGGGCUGUUGGCUCAAUAUCUAGCUUUCAGAACAUAUAUUUUUUGGAGAUCAUUAUGAGGGCAGCAUUAGCGACACCUUUGCCUUUGAUCUCAAUAUUGAAACCUGAAGAUGAAAUUCUAUUGAGGAAAGUUCUGUUUGAUGCUCUACUACUGGCGGAGUACCCUUUUCUCUAUCUAAAUGCCAAAUACAUAAAAAGCAUUAUCUUGACCCGAUUGAUUGUUACUCAUAAGGCUGUAGAGUAUUUUAGGGGACUUGGUGAUCAGAAUAGAGCUGUCUCUUAUACUAGGUCAUUUUCUGCUUCUCGCAUACCUUUGCAAAUAACUAAAUGGGUUACAAGCCAGAAUUAUUUGGAGGAAAAAGCUGGCAGAGCAAAUGGAUCAUCACCCGGAGCUCUUAUAAAUUGGCUGCUGAGUCUUGAGGGUCGAGGGAUUAGAGUUUUUGAAGAUGAUAUUUUAAAAAGCCAUGCUAAAUUAGGUCUUGACAUUUCCCAAACCAAGCAACCAGCAGAUAACUUGGAGCACAAGACAGAAGAUGAUGACCUUUUUUAUGUUGAUAAUAUUGGGGAAGAGGGAAAUACAGAAAAGGAGGAUGAGCAAAACGAAAUGAUUAGUGAUGCAUUUGUAGCUGCUGCCCAGACUAUGAAGUUAACUGAUAGUGGAAUCCGAAAACGAAAAGGAAAAAGCAACGAAAAGAAGAUUAAAUUUGUCAAAUAUGACCUCCAUGAAAACUCUGAUCCAGUCAAAGCCGGCACUUCAGCCGCAAAUGAUAGUUCAAGUGGUGAGAGUGAAGUAGAGGAUCCAGCUUCUGAUUCAGACGCCUAAGCUAGGGUAACAAACUGUUAAUCUCUGUGUAAAGCCCACAAUUAUACUGGAUUUAUCUACUCUGACUAGAUGCCACAGUCCCUUGUGGCCUUGUUAUUAUGUAGUGCAUAGGGAUCCUUUACAUGAUCGGAGGUCUCAAGAGGCAGCGAGAAGUUGCAUACUGUGUCAUACUUCUGUUUUCUCAGCAUUAUAUUUCCCUUGUUUGCUAAUUUAGUUCAUGCAGGCUCCGACAAAUUUCGGUGCUGUCACAUUGCAAUUACACCGGAAUUUUCUGAGGCUGCUCAAUUUUUGUAUUACAUUGGUGCUAUAACUAUUAAUGUGCAAUAUUAAGGCUGAAAUUUCUUACCCUAG